CCCAAUACCCAAAACCUAAAAUUCAAACCCUAAGACUAAGAAGUAACAAUGGAGAGAGUGACAAAGAUGGUUGCUGAGAGACCGGUGGUGAUAUUCAGCAAGAGCACAUGUUGCAUGUGCUACUCAGUCAAGACCCUCUUCUCCGAAUUCGGGGUCAAUCCGGCCAUCCAUGAACUAGACGAGAUGCCAAGGGGGCGUGAGAUCGAGCAGGCCCUGACCCGCCUCGGCUGCAACCCUUCCUUCCCAGCCGUUUUCAUUGGCGGCGAGCUUGUAGGCGGCGCCAAUGAAGUCAUGACACUUCACCUUAAGCGUUCCUUAAUCCCCAUGCUCAAACGCGCCGGCGCCCUAUGGCUCUGACUACUUAUUAAUAUUGUCACGUGACCGACAACAACAUAGAUAGAUAGAUAGACUGCCGAGGUUUUCUUAUAACGGUGGUUCCUAUCUAACUCAAAUAACCAUAUGUAUUAAUUAUAUAUAUCCCACUUUUUUCCUUUUUCUUUCCUUUUUGUCCUCAAGAGAGUUUUAUGUGUAACCUACUCAAGUUUUGGUAAUAAUUAAAUCUACUACUUGUCAUUUUGA